AUGAGCGACUCCAUAGGAAGGCAUCAAAUAACUAAAGAUCUACGUCAGUUAGCUAGCUUGGGGGUUCGCCUUCUUGAAUCUCCAGAUGAAGGAGUUAUUGUGCAAAAUGCUGCAGAAUCCUCAUUUUUAGCGGAGGUAAAAGAGAAGCAGUACACGGAUCCUAUCCUAUUACAGCUUAAGGAGAAUGUACAACAAGGUAUGACAAAGGCAUUUGAGCUUACAGAAGAGGGAGUACUUCAAUGCCAAAACAGAUUGUGUGUACCUAACAUAGAUGGACUAAGAAGGAGGAUUAUGACGGAAGCACAUCAUUCAAGAUAUUCUGUCCAUCCGGGAUCAACAAAAAUGUAUCUUGAAUUGAAAGAAGUAUAUUGGUGGGGUAACAUGAAGAAGAGCAUUGAAGAAUUUGUAGUUCAAUGUCCAAAUUGUCAACAAGUUAAAGUAGAUCACCAGAAGCAUGAAGGUUAUAUGCAGCGUAUAGAACUUCCAAUUUGGAAGUGGGAUAUGAUUAAUAUGGAUUUUGUCACUGGUUUGCCUCGCUCAUUUCGGAAGUUUGAUUCCAUAUGGGUGAUUGUUGAUAGAUUCACCAAAGCAGCGCACUUCUUACCGGUCAAGACUACUUAUACAGUUGAAGAGUAUGCAAAGUUGUAUAUUAAAGAGAUAGUUCGGCUACAUGGAGUGCCAAUCUCUAUUAUAUCUGAAAGAGGAGCUCAAUUCACCGCGAACUUUUGGAAGUCAUUUCAGAAGAGUUUGGGAACGCAAGUGAAUUUAAACACAGCCUUUCACCCUCAAAUGGAUGGUCAGGCAGAACGCGAAACUGCCUUAUUUGGGCCAGAUCUUGUUCAUCAAGCUAUGGAAAAAGUUAAGGUGAUACAACAACGAUUAGCAACAGCUCAAAGCCGACAUAAAUCAUAUGCAAAUAAUAGAAGGAGAGGACUAGAAUUUUUCAUAGGAGAUUGGGUAUUUUUGAAGGUAUCUCCAAUGAAAGGGGUAAUGAGAUUUGGUAAAAAAGGGAAGCUGAGUCCGCGCUAUAUAGGGCCGUAUAAAAUUAUUCGAAGAGUUGGUCAAGUCGCGUAUGAGUUAGAGCUACCUCAAGAGCUCUCAACAGUCCAUCCAGUAUUUCAUGUCUCAAUGCUUCGAAAAUGCAUAGGCGACCCAUCUCGUAUCACUCCUACGGAAGAUGUACACGUUACAGAAGAUCUUACUUACGAAGAAGUACCCAUCACAAUUUUGGAUCGACAAUUUAAGAAACUAAGAAAUAAAGAAGUAGCUUCUGUAAAAGUACUAUGGAGAAACCAACAAGUUGAAGAAGUUACAUGGGAGGCGGAAGAAGCAAUGAAGUCCAAAUAUCCUCAUUUAUUUCAAUCCGAGGAGAAGGGUCAAAGUGCUGAGUUGAGACAGUAA